AUGCCCUCCUCAACUCAAGAGCUACUAGAAAGACAAGAAAACUUGAAAUCAUCAAACUAUUUACUUUAUAAAUUGAAUUCACUUUAUUACCUUUAUUUUUAUUCUACUCCAUUACCAUACUCGACAUUGGGCGAAUCCAUUUUUUUCAAUGGAAUAAUCUUGUCAUUGACAGUGUUGUUGAUUUAUUACACAGUUUGGAGUUUGCCUUUGAAAUUGCUUCACUCAAGUGAAAACUUGUACUAUUACUUGACUGGAAAACUUAUCACUUUCGAUGUGCUUCACGCUAUAAAUACAUUGUUCCAUUUGAAUGGUGAAAAUUCAACUUUCGUGAUCAACCAUUGGUCUGAUUUGCCCAAAGUUAUAAGGAUUUAA